AUGAUUUCCCUUUUCUUCUUCCUAUCUGCUGUAAGAUGCAACGAAGUACCCAUCGGCGGGGUCGGCCUAAAAGACACUACUGGGAUGAGAUGGGAGACCUCAGGAUGCGUUCGAAACGCACUCUGGGCGAUGAGAGAGAAAAUGAAGUUUUUCGUGACGCCAAAUUUUCCGAUGAAAUAUCCGGAUUCAGUCACUUGCACUUGGAAAAUGAGAACCACCGGUGCGAAGAAAAUAAAAAUCGACUGGCAAGUUUUCUGGAUGGACGGCUGUAAUGACGGAAAUCAAGUCAUCGUUCACGACCCAAAAGCUAACAAGCGUCUUGGUCCAUAUUGCGGCAUGAAAAAGCCACCAAGUUAUAUUUCCAAAGGAAACCAGCUUGAAAUUACUCUGAAAAAGGGCAAAACGCCGCAUCCUCAAAACGGACGGGGAGUUCAAUUUAUGGUCGGAUUUCUUGCCGUUGGUUCGAAUGCAAAAACUGGAACAAGCAAAACUCCGAAGAAGGGAAAUCGAAAAAUUGGUGGCGGAAAAGGUGCUUUGUUGAAAUCAGCUUCGCCAAAACGGCCACUUUUGCCACCACCUUCAAAAGAUGGAAAAGUGAAUGUUUCUCAUCUUUCAGUUUCUAGAAACGGUCACGUGACGUACAAACGACCAGUUCUACCAUCGAAGAAAGAACCGUCGGGAGAUAUCAGAACUGCGCCGAACUCCGGUCCGGGAAAUCCAGCCGGCCCGGCUGGAAAGAACGGGUCGCCAGGAGGAAUGGUCGAUGGAGUCUGCACUGAUCCGCCAGAUAUGGGCUGUAACAAUAAGAACUGGAAGCCACAUGAAGACACUCAUUCAAGUUCUCCGAUCGAUCUCAAAAAUGCACCAGACGGGUAUGGAAAGAUAAAUAUGACGGAGCUGGCAAUGUGGAUCAAUGGCGAAAUCGCAGAAAAACCAACUCCAGCAACGAGAAACACAAAAGCGCUAGCGCCGACUUUGGUUCCUACAACAACGAUAAUGAGUCCCGUCCGACCUGGGGUCGAAAAUCUAUGGCAAUCAAAAAGGUCUCGUCCGAACGGGCUUGCCAUCGUCUACGGCAGCGACUUCGAUGCUGUGAAUGGAACAGAAGAAGUUUAUGAAUAUUAUGACUACGAACAAAGCAUGGACAACAAAGAAAUGAUUAGAACAGUUUUACCGUUCUUGGGUGGAAUUUUUGUUCUUUUAUUACUCUUGGCUGUUGGAGUCAAAUUGUGUAUUUUUGCUGAUAAGACGAAACGACAAUCACUACAGCAAAUGCACAGAAAGACUGCGGCAUUGAAGAUUGGUAUUGAAGUAGCCAAAAGCAUGAAAAAUGGGUCUGAUAGAAAUCCUGAUGAAGAUGUCGGACUGAUUGGAAAUGCAAGAAAGGGGAUCAAAAUGACUAGAGAAAGACUAAUAAGCGUUGAAAGGGAGGAAAAGCGAAAGAAAAAAUUAAAGUACACCGGCUUAUUCUCCGACGAAUAUGUUGAUGUCGGCGCUAGAUCCUGGAAAAGACUUUCUCGUCACGGCAAUGCAACGAUAACGCAGCUGAAAAACUACAUGUUCUUUGGCAUUCUGUUUUGGGGAAUCAUCGUAGGAAUCAGUAACUGGGACUUAAAAUAA